UGCAAAGCCAUUAGCCAAUAUAAAGAAGAGAUGGAGAUGCUACAGCAGACAAUUCCUAGUGACCCAGAGGAGAGAGCCAAGUUUUGUCUGACCUGCCAACCCAAAGCAGCCAAUUUUGAUGUCGAAUGGGGCCUGGAGGACGACUCACAUUUACUUCUGGGAACUUACAAGCAUGGCUAUGAGAAUUGGGAGCUCAUCAAAUCUGACCCAGAGCUCAAACUGACCAACAAGAUCUUGCCAGCUGAGACAGACAAAAAGCCACAAGGGAAGCAGCUCCAAGAUCGGGUGCAUUACCUGCUGUAUUUGGUCCAAAAAGAAGAAGGAGGAAAAACAGAGUGUGCAAGAGAAAAAAGAGGUCAGUGUGCCAAAAAGCCACUGGAAAAGCCAAGGGUGCUGGACCAGGUCUUGUGCUUUCGAAAGAAAUUGUAG